UUUGUCCUAUCUAACCUAUCGUUUAAAUAUCCAAGAUAGAUUGACAGUUAGGUAGUUAUAGCUUAAUUAUUACACACACACAAACAGACAAAUGACAUACAAUGGACAUCUUAGAAUACCUACCGGACCAUCUAAAGUGUCACUACUUAGUUUGUUAUUGACCAGAUAAGAGUGGUGUGGUGCGACGACCAAAAUGUAUCGAAAGGCACUAGUGAUAGGUAGUAUAACUAGUGUAUCGUUCGGCAAUGGCUUCAUCCUGGGUCAGAUGGCCAGCCUGGUCCAGUCUCUCCGGAGACGGGAGGAGGGCAUAGUGCUGACUGAUGCACAGAUCUCUAUAAUUGCAAGCUCCCUAUUGAUCCUCAACAUACUCGGCCUAGCGCUGGCGGCUGUGGUCUCCGACAAGAUCGGGAGGAGGAGGUCCUUCUCCAUCUUCUCCGUGCCCAUGAUGGCCAACUACAUAGUGCUGUACUUCGCCUGGGACAUGCCCACCUUCAUGCUGUCCAGACUCCUAGCAGGUAUCGGAACAGGAGGUCUCUUCGCUCUAAAAUUAUGCAUAACAUCAGAAUACGCAGACCCUAAAACGAGGGCAAUGUUUUUGAACAUGAUAUCAACAUUAGGGCCAGCUAUAGGCAGUGCAGUUGCUCACGCUCUAGGAAUUGCAUUGCACUGGAGAACAGUCGCUCUGUUAGGAAUAUUGACGACACUUUCUGGAAUAAUCCUACCAUUUUUCUGGGAAGAAAGCCCCCAUUGGUUGGCCUCUAAAGGAAAGUUUGAAGAAUGCGAGCAGGCCUUCAGGAAGCUACAUGGGAGUACACCCAAUACUGAAGCAGAACUCAGUUUGCUGCUCAAAGUCGAGAAAACAAAACUGCAGAAAGCAAAAGAAACGAAUUCUAUGAGAACGCUCAAAAAACUCAUGAUCGCUUGUAAAAAGAAAUAUUUCUGGGAAUUGAUGCUGCUAGGAGUCUUCAUAUCUGCUUUCUUAACAGCCGCUGGAAAGUUAGCGUUUAUAACCCUCGCUGUUACCAUUAUACAAGAGAUUACAGGUUCACAUGAUAAUAUAUUUGUUUUUACAAUGGUCGUUGAUAUUUGUGUUAUAAUAGGCGCGGCUGCUUCGUGUUUAUUAAUCAAAAAGUUAUCAAUGCGAAGCAUGUUGUUCACCACGGGUAUUAUUGGCAUCAUAGUUUUAGUUAGUCUAAGUGCGUGUUUGUAUUUUAAAACUGAUUCGGUCUAUUUUCAAUGGGUUAACGUAGGGUUACUCAGUUUCUAUUUCUUCAUUGUUAAGUCUGGACCGUACCCUGUACUAGAAUCUUUAUUGGGUGAAAUUUAUCCUAUAGAGUUGAAAGUUCACUUCUUUUUCUUUUCUGGUAUUGUUUACAUGAGUUCGUUAUCUUUAAUUGUACUUUUAUUGCCAACUAUGGUGGCUGCAAUGGGUUACCACGGUUUAUUCUUAACUAAUGCAAGUAUAAUGUGUGUUAGUUUAGGUUACAUUUGGCUUAGGUUACCAGAAACUAAGGGGCGGACGCUUCAAGAGAUAGAAAUCUUUUUCAAAACUAAAAACUUCCACGAAAUUGAUGAAGUUUUGGGGAAUAAAGAAAUUAAAGCUUUAAUUUAAUUUUUUAGGCUCUGUUUAGUAAAAUACGUAUCAGAUAUAAACUCAGAAAUGAUUUUUUGAUACAUAUAAUAUGUGUUAAGCUUGUACCUACCUCUACCACAGUGAGCGACAGAAUUUGUUUGAUAUUGUUUCUGUUUUAAAAUAAAAACCGGCCAAGUGCGAGUCAGACUCGCGCACCGAGGGUUCCGUACUCGAGUAUUUUUCCGACAUUUUGCAUGAUAAAUCAAAAACUAUUAUGCUUA